CCGCCCCUCCUGCCCUCCCGGCCCCGCGGCGGGACUCGGGGAGCAGCGGGGCGCCGUGGGGUUUCGGCUUUUUUUUUUUUUAUUUUUAUUUUUUUUUUUCCCCCCUCCCUCUCCUGCCGGUUAAGCUGUAUUAUUUUUUUUUUUUUUAAUUAUUUUGGGGCGUUUUUAUUCCUUUUGCUCCAGACAAAGCCCGGCGGGGCCCCGCCGUCAGGAGCCCCGAGGCGUCUCUCGCGUCCGUGUGUCCGUGCGUGCGCGCACACGCGCGGCGGGGGGCACGGGGAGGGGGGGGGGGGCGCGAGAGCGGCCGGUGCCGGCCCCGGCCCCGCCUGCCCGCUCCCGCUCCCGCCGGCAGCUGGGACUCGGUGCCGCCGUCCGAGCGCCGGGGCUGGGCCCUGCCGGUGCGCCGGGGGGACGGACAGGAGGGCGUCUGUUAGUCCCCGCGUAGGGCUGAGCGGGCAGCCCGGGGAGGGGGGACGGUGCCCCCCCCGCUGAAUGGAGCCCGGGGCCGCCGCCGGUGAUGCGGUGCCCGCCGCGGGGGCUGGCGGAGCGGCCUGAGCCCCCCCCCACCCCGCCGUCCGCCGGAGGCGAGCAUGUCCAGUGAGCAGCUUAACAGGACAGCGGUGAAGGAUGCGCGGUUAAAAGACCUGUUGUUGGACAGAGCUGAACUGGAGUUUGUUCAAAUCAUCAUUAUAAUUGUGGUUAUAACUGUUAUGGUGGUAGUGAUCAUCUGCUUGUUGAACCAUUACAAACUCUCGACACGCUCCUUUAUCAACCGACAGAGCCAAAGCAGAAGACAGGAAGAAACUUUGCAGACGGAAGGGUGCUUGUGGCCUUCAGAGAGCUCAGUUUCACGCCAGGGUGCUUCAGAGAUCAUGUAUGCUCCAAGGUCCAGGGACAGGUUUACCGCCCCGUCUUUCAUGCAGCGGGACCGUUUCAGUCGCUUCCAGCCCACUUACCCUUACAUGCAGCAUGAGAUCGACCUUCCUCCGACCAUCUCCCUCUCCGACGGGGAGGAGCCACCGCCCUACCAAGGCCCGUGCACCCUGCAGCUCCGGGACCCAGAACAGCAGAUGGAGCUCAACCGGGAAUCCGUCAGGGCACCACCCAACCGAACCAUUUUUGAUAGCGACUUGAUAGACAUCUCGAUGUACAAUGGGGGCCCCUGCCCACCAAGCAGCAAUUCGGGCAUAAGUGCAACCAACUAUAGCAGUAAUGGAAGGAUGGAAGGACCACCCCCGACGUACAGCGAGGUCAUGGGGCAUUACCCAGGCUCCUCUUUUUUCCAUCACCAGCACAGCAACGUGCCUCCUUCCUCGCAGAGGGGGAGCAGACUUCAGUUUCAGCAGAACAAUUCAGAGAGCACAAUAGUCCCCAGCAAAGGCCAAGACCGGAAACCAGGAAACCUGGUCUAAGUUACUCGCCCAGGUGCAUUUGAACUGAAGACAAGAGAUUCAAGCAGGGCGGUGGAGGAAGACCCCCAUGCUCCGGUGCACAAUGUUGUUACGUUUCACGUGGUACAACUUAGUAAAACCAAACGUGCAAACCAGUUCUUUGUUUCUGAUUCCUUUCAGGGGAAUUGCAUGCAAAGCAGAUUGAAAGAAAUACAAACUUCCAUUCAGUUUGUCUACGAGCAGUGUUUCAGGGGAGGGGGGGGGGAUAUAUUAUUUUUUUUUAUAAACUAUUUCAAUUAUUUAAUUCUAAAAGUUAACUUAGCACAGAAAUGAGGCUUUGUACAGCCUGUUUUAUACUCACUGAAUGGCAGAAGGAAGAAGGUGGGUUUGUUAGAUAAAGGGGGGAAGAAUUGGCCAGUUUGCUUUUUUUUUUCUCCCAGGGUGUGGAUUUUUUUUUUUUUUUAAUAUGAAACAAAAUUCCUGUUUUGUGUGCCAAGGUAUAAAGUUGAGAACUUAGAUGAAUGCAAGGAAUUAAUUUGUGUUGUGAUAAAUGUGUUUUAAAAAAGUUGCACUAUCUUAAUGUUUUAAAAAAAUAUAUAUGAGGGAACUGUUUUAUGUGAAGUUCUUCUAUAUGUUGUCUUUUCACCUGUGGAAUAAUGAUAGAGCCCCAGAAGUAAUCUGGAGGAGUUUGCCCCCCCCCUCCCCCCGGUUUGCUAGAAAAAGGGGACAGGACUUAGCCUAACAUCUCUUGACUUUUACAAAUCAAGAAAUACAGGGACACUUGUCAUUGCAAUAAUUUGCGUUCAAAUAACCGUGCAUCAAUGAAGUGUCUUGGAGACUUUUGGAUGGAAGAAGGCAAAUACGAAAUCCCAGCGUUUUCCAUCACUUAGGGUUUAGCUAUUUUGCAGUGUAGACUAAUUGUUUCGUAAAUGGCAAAAAAAAAUCCCAGAUGUGUUAAUUUGUAUUGAUUUUAACUAAGUGCUGCCAUUCUUUUCCUUUUCAUAAUGCAGUAUCGCCAGUGCUUACAGUUCUAGAGAUUUUUGUCCUCACUGUAGCCUGAAAUGUAUUUAGUCACAUAUCAUGACAUUAUGCAAUAAAUUGUUUAAAAAUGCAAGGUGGGUUUUUUCCCCUGCAAUGCUGUUAAAAUA